AUGGUGCUUGGAGCUCACGGGGUGGCUGACGCGGCGCCGCUUCCCUCGGAAGGGGACGGCUCGCGGCGGAGCGGCGGCAGGCAGGCGGCAGGCGGGCGCGCGCGGCCAGCGGGGCGGGGGGCGGCGGCGCGGCCCGCGCUGGGGGCGGCCGGGGCGGAGGAGGGCGGGGGGGGCGGCGGCGGCGGGGGCGGGCGCUCCCCUCCCGCGGGGCCGGGCGGCGGCCACCCCCGCGGCCCGAGCCCCCGCCGCGCCGUGCCCGUCUACGCGCUCGACGCGCGGGUGGCGUGGCCGCUGGCGGCAGCGCUCUGCACCGCGCUCCUCUGCCUCUACCAGGCCCUGCGAGGCGGCGCGGCCGGGGAGGGCGCGGCGGAGGCCGGCUCGGUCCCCCUGCUGAAGGGCUCGGCGCUGCUGCUGCUGGGCUGCCUGCUGGCCCGCUGCUGCGGCGCGGCGGGCGGCGGAGCCAGGCCCGGCGGGGCCCGGGCGGCGGGAGCGCGGCGCGGCGCCCUGGAGAGCUUCUACGCGCGGCAGCUGCGGCUGUCGCCCCACGUGCUGGGCCACAGCAAGGCGCACGUCGGGCGCGUCGUGGCCGAGCUGGUGCGCGCCGCCAAGGCGCAGGGGCUGCAGCCCGGCCCGCUGGCCCUCAGCCUGCGCGGGGACUUCGUGCGCGUCGGCAGCGCCUACGAGCAGCACAAGGUGCGCAGCCCCGACUGCUUCGACGUGCUGGUGCCGCUGCGGCUGCCGCCCCACCUGGAGCCCCAGCCGCGCCGCGCCGGCCCCUGCGGCGCCUUCGUCUGCGGGCUGCGGGCACGGGCGGGCCGGCCGCGCCGCCAGCGGCCCCUCACCGAGGGCUUUUGCGUGGAGCUGCAGGGCCGCAGCCACCUCUCCGCGGGGCUGGUGCUGCGCUGGUUCCAGGGCCACCUGCAGCGCUGCCUGGGCGCGGUGCGGUACCGCCUGCAGGACCGCUGCCGCAUCAGCCUCUCGGCCUGCCCCGGGCGGCCACCCACGCUGCACAUCGUGCCCUGCUCCGACUACGUCUGCUGCCACAUCUCCAUGGCCGUGCGCCUCAUCCCCGCCAUCCCCCUGGGCGACGCGCUCUACCUCACUGCCCUGCCGCCCCAGGGCCCGCAGGCCGCGGAGGCCCUCUGGGGCCUCAACACCUCGCGGCAGGAGCAGCGGCUGCUGAGCUGGCUGAAGGAGCAGGCCCCGGCCACCUCCUGCCACCUCAAGUGCCUGCAGAUCCUCAAGGGCCUGCGGGACCUCCGCGGGCAGGGCCUGGAGGAGCCCUUCUGCUCCCAGUGGGGCUGGGUGCUCUCCUCCUAUAUGCUGAAGACAGCCCUCUUCUCUCUGCUGCUGCGGGGACCCUUGGAGGCCUGGGAUGAGCGGUUCCUGGUGGAGCGGCUGGAGGACCUGGUGCUGUACCUCAGGGACUGCCUGCGCAAGCAGGUGCUGAUGCAUUUCUUCCUGGGCAACACCGGCCUCCCCGAGGCCGUGCCGCUGCCCAGGUUCCUCAAGGAAGCUGCCCCCGUGAACUUGCUGGCUGCCUUCGAUGGACCCACGCUGGACCUGGCUGCCUUCCAGCUGAUCAACACCUGGAUCCAGGCCCCGCACAUCAUCAGGAUGUACAGCAGCCCCCGAUACUUGCGACCCGUGCCCACCCCGUGCCGGCACGUCGCCGAGGCCAGGCAGGAGCCUGCAGCAGAGUGAGCCGCUGGGCGGGUGAGCCAGCGUGGCCCGCAGACCCUGCCGGGCAUCCUGCGCUCCCAGCCUGCUGGGCCAUCGACAGCCCAUGUCUGCCUGAGGAAGGUGGGACCCAUUUAAAUACAGUUGUGUGGUUUUGUCCCUGGCCAGAGAAAACUGAACAAAAUCCUGAUUCUUGGUUGGUUUUUUUUUUAAUCUCAUUGGAUGUUCAUGGGAAAAUUGUGAAGUUUCUGGGCACGUGCCUUAGUUGAGAAGCAUUAUGUUCAGCCGAUUGUUUGCCAACCUAACUUUAACAGGCUCAAACUGACAUCUCUGGAAAUCCACGUUAAUGUGUUGUCUUAGUGGCCAAAUUGACCUUUUUUUGAGAUUUGCUUUUUAUGAUACAAAAUCAAUUUGUGAUUUAAAAAUCCUUUAAGUUCAACACCCCCACACCCCACACCCCCGCAACGUACCAAGAUGCUCUUAAAAUGUGAAGAGCGCUAGAGCAUGGGUGUGGAUCACAGUUUGAAAUGCUCAAUGACGUUCUUUAAAUUUCCUGUGUAAUCAAAUACAUUGUGCUGAAUAGAAAUACGUGUAUGUUAAUGUAAGCUUGAGGGAAAAGGCAAAGCCUCUCCAAUAACAGUAUGAAGAAUCUUAAUUGCACGAUUCUGUGUUCAAGUUAAGGUUAUACUGAAGGUUUGAAAUACAGAUAAAAGGAAACAAAUAGCACUUUAUUUUCAUAAAGACCUUCUUUUUAGGAUAAUUGGCUGCACUAAAUAUUGCUACGGAGGAGGCAUUAGUAUUUUAUUAAAAUGAAAGAUGUUUAAAUCAUCCCAAGGAAAACAGUUUUUUAAGGAAAUACUUUGAGUUUUGUUUGCGGGUUCUUGUUGACUUAUUUUUUUCCGUCUCCAAGUACUAUUUGGUUAGAACUUGCUUUACCUCAAGGACCGACAACAAAACUAAGAAGUUCUGUAUUAUUUUUUUGAACAAACCUGAAGCCAGUUCAGUUCUCAGUGCUGUAAGCUGACUGCUGCACCCUCUUGCUCUCUGGUAGGAGUUCAACGGGGUUUUGGAUGACUACCUAACCAGUUGUCUGAUCGUGGCAGUAUUUUGACCAAAUAACCUGAUGGGAUUUUCUAGUGCUGUGCUAUAGCAAAUCGUUAUCUUAUCGUGGGGAGGAGGAAGUGGAACAUUUCAAGGUACUUCAAAAUUAUUUAGCACUGAUUCAUGGUACAGUGGCAGUCUUACAGUAUGGAUUCAUCAGCCAGAUAAUUUCUACUUCUUGCCUGGUUGUGUCCCAGUUGCUGGAAUAACCUGGCAAGGUGCAACGCAUCCAGCUCUUCAAGUGUCCUUAGGUCCCAAUGCAGGUACCUGCUGUACGGGAACCUGAUGUGUGUCCCAGGGUGCCAGCAAAUUCAGAAUUUCAAAUCCUUGCGUUAUUGGGUCUCCUGCUCAAGUGUUUGACCUACUAGGACCCAAAAUGCGUUGCUGAAUUGCUGGCACUGAGGAAGCUGAGUGUGUGCCUUAUUAGCCACUAUACUGUGUCCUAGGUGAGCAGUCUGAAAUGAAUUAAAAAUGACCAACUGUAACUUCUGGUAAGCCUUAGGAUAACUUGAAGUUGCUAAUGUACUCCUCCUCUCCCUGACGUACAUAGAGAUACCUGUGUGCUUUAUUCAGAGUACUAGGCAUCAGAGCACAAAACAAACAUUUGCGAAAUCUAUGAAGCUUUAUAAAAAUCUAUUUUUCUAAAUGGAAACACUCCUUAGGCAGAUGUUUGCCUACUUCUAUUUUUUCAACUGCUCUUGCAGUUUUAUUUUCAGGUAAUUAUAGCCUAGGUCACACCCGCAAGUUGGGUUAUUUUUAUAGAUGAAGCGCUGUGCUUCUUUCUACAAAUAUAAAUAGUGUAUUUAUAGGUAGUAUCGAUCAAAUGUUCUUUGCACAUGGUAUUUAAGGCUAAGCGAGCUACCUUGGUGAUUUGGGGUGGGUUUUUUUGGUAGUAGACCAUGAUACAUACUGGUUUUGCAGACUCAUGUUACUUGGUGUUUGCAGUAAGAUGCCGUUCUGCAGUUGGUGCCAUUGAAUCUUUUGCCCAAAGAAAGAGCAGGUGACCGGCCCAGGGUAUUGUGGCUGCCUGAACUUAUGACCUAAAAAUCCUUUAGCUGUUAAUUCUGGCAUCGUAACCACUUCAGUCAGCUGUUGGUUUGUUUACUUCACUGCAUCCCUGUCUCUGAAAAGUGAUCUUGUAUCUGAAAAGGGAUGCACAUUCAUUGUAUAUUUAGUAUUGCUGCAAUACAUGGAAAUCUGUAAUGGACUUUUUAAGGACUUUCUCACUUAAAUGUAGUACUAUCAGGAAAUGGAUGACAAGGAGAGAUGAUGGAGAAUAUAAAUAGUUUAGAAAACAAAGGUUGGGCUGAGGGGUGAGUGAGAAUGAUGGUAAACUCUCAGUGAAGAUGCACUGCAAACAAGCCAAAAGACAUGGGGGUAAAAUUGGAGGAGAGCUGUUGAAAGCAAGGUGGAUUGGAGGGUAGGGAAGAGAGAUUUAAGUGGGUUUUGCUUUGCCAGUAUAUCCGAAGUGGUUGAAUGCAUCAGGGCUGAACGGUGAGGCAAAGCCUCAGUUUGUUAGUCAUUUGGGCAGAGCUUCAGUGUGAGUUUUUGCUCAGCAAGGCAUUUCUGAGUUCAUGAUGGCUGGUGAUGGGAGAAAAUACACACGUGUGCUUUAACCUUAGGCUUGGGCAAGCUUUCUUGAGGAGAGGGGGGCUUUCUGCCCAUGAGGCAAUGUGCAUGCAGUUGGUGGGAGGUCUGAGAAAAUCUCUUGGACUAGCCUGUGGCUUCGUUGUACAACUGAGAUGUUAAGUAUAUUUUCUUUAUCUGUUAUAAAGCAUGCAUUCAGGAAUACUAUUGACAAAAGGAGCUGGUAAAAGUUGAGUUCUGUUAUGGUAUUCAUCUUAUUCCACAGCAAACGUGACAGCACUGGUACUUGAAGUGUGCUGGAGCUAUUAUAGGGCUUAAUCUGCAAGGAGGUGUACAGAGAACUUGACCUACCUAAGUAAUCCCGUGGGCCUUUUACCUUCUUCCCAAGCUAUGGAUACUGUACACAGAACAAGGUUAUGAAUAAGUGUUUGUUAGGGUUGUAGCUAAGGUAUCAUAGAUGCAGCAUGGUUGCCUCUGUGUGUGUAUACUGAAACACAAACAGAAGAAAGAGUAUGCUAAAUAACACCAUCAUAGUUCUCUUUAUCUGCAACCUAAUUUCUCAAAGACUCUUUGCAAAUGAAGUUGUUUUUACUGAACACUGGUUGGGAAGAGGAGUCACACCUGCAAGAGAAUCAAGUUGUUUAUUUACAGUACCAACAUGCUUAUAUGUGACAAUUUUGUACUGAAAAAUGCUGUGUAUUUCUCAAAGACGUCAUUAUUUCUUAUCUGACCAAGUAUCUUGAAAACAUUCCUCUUGAUUUUGAAUCUCUGCAGAGUAAUGUAAAUUUUAAGUGUCUGUUUGCAAUGGACAUUUUUGGUACAACUAUUUUUUGCUGGUUAAUAAUCAGACCAAAGAUUAAACUAAAGUUCAGCUGCUAUUGUUUUAAUAAAAAAAAAAGUGUUUAUCGGCUCAAAGUGUCAGCCCAUUUUAGUGAAACGUUUAUACAUUCAUUUCCUAUUUAAUAUCAAAAUACAUUUGCACUUUUAUUGUUUUCAUAAAAAGUUGGUGGUUUUGUUUUAAUAUUUCACUGUAGUAAUAAACAGCUGUUUUAAAGCA